UGCUUUUUCUAUCUGUCUCCUCGCCUUCUACAGCUCACCACCCCCCACCACCACCACUGCCACUUUUUCCGUGGGCGUCGCCCUUGCGGUUUCUUCAGCUUCUUCUUCUUCUUAAAUUCGUCCUUUGCGCCCUCCCUGUCUCUCUCCUUCUCUUUCUUCAGUUAAGAGUUGGCUCGGCCGCAGCUUUAAUGGUAGCCGCACCACCACCGCCACCCUGAUACAUUUCUCUCUCUCUCUCUCUCUCUCUCUCUAUUCAUUUCUCUCCAUUCUUUCAUUCAAUAAAUACGAACAUAGACAUAUACAUAUAAAAGAAGAAGAAGAGAGAGAGAGAAAAAAAAGAGGAAGCGAUGUUCGACAACCUGCUCGGCCGGAAAUUUUCUAACAAAUGCAAGCACGCGAUAAAGUGCAUAAAUUUUCGGAUAGCGAUGAUCGGGAACAAGAAGAGGGCGAUGGUGCGGUUCCUCAAGAAGGACGUGGCCGAUCUCCUCGCCAGUGCCUGCGACGACAACGCCUACGGCCGGAUUGAUGCUCUCAUUGUGGAAAUAAAUCACACAUAUUGCUAUGAUAUGAUUGAGCAAUUCUGCGAAAGUAUCUUAAAGCAGCUUUCAACCUUACAAAAACAGAGGGAAUGCCCACAGGAAGCUAUGGAACCUAUGUCAACUCUAAUUUUUGCAGCAGCCAGAUUUUCAGAUUUGCCAGAGUUAUGUGAUCUCAGACGUAUUUUCACAGAACGAUAUGGGAGUCAUAUGGAGUCAUCUGUCAAGGCUGAGUUUGUUGAGAAAAUUCAGAAGAAAUCAUUCUCCCAGGAAAAGAAGCUGCAGUUGAUGAAAGAUAUUGCUCAGGAGUUCUCAGUAACCUGGGAUUCCAGUGCUUUUGAACGCAAACUGUCUAAUGUAUAUGCACCUAAAUAUGACCAACCUAAGAAUGGUAUGCAUCGCCACAGUGCAAGUCAGAAGCCUUCAACCAGGUUGCCUAAUGGAGAUGAGGAGGAGAUUUCAUCCAAGGGAAAAUAUGAACAUGCUCAUGUGAGUGUGUGGAAACAAGAAGUGCGGAAGGAGCCCAAAGAUAUUCAUGCUGUUACAAAAUUCAAAGACGGCUUCUCUCAUGACCUUAUGGAGAGGACUAGAAAAGUAAUCGCCGAUGAACCAGAGAAUGUGGAACCAGACUUCUCUAAUGCUGCAGUUCCUUCAUACGCUAAACCCAGAAGAAGUCAGAAUAGAACCUAUAAUCAUGAUCAGCUUAAAGAUGGUGUUGCUCAUAAACGGACAGGAAAGGGUCAAGAGGCACUUGAUACCAUUGUCUCUGAUGAGCAGGCAUUUGACAUGAAGAAAUCUUCAAGGGGUGGUAAAGCUGCGAAGAUGGCUCCUCCAUACACCAAAUCUCAUGACGAAAAGAACAGCAAUGGCUUAAUAUAUGACAGAUUGCAAGAGGUGGAAGAAGAUUAUACUAGUCUAGAGAGGCAGCCUGUGAGACCAGUGAAUAAUGGCAGAUUGAUCAAUAUGCGUCCACCCUAUGUCAAAUUAAAAGUCAAUGACCCAUCCCACCCUGAUCAAGCCAUUCGAGAUUCUAAAAUCACUGGUCAUGACAGGUACGAUGUCAGCGAAGAUCUGGAAGGUGGAGUGUUUGUUGAUGAGAAGCUGAAGCCUGUUUCUGUUAGGAGGAGGGUCGCCAAACCAAGAGCCAUCGACACUAUUGACAGUACCAUCGAUGAAGAGAAGAUCAUGAUUCAAACCCCAGGUGGUAGGGGAAGUGAUACAGGUAGGAGGGGCACUGCCACCCGUGAUGAAGUUACAGGUGAUGUUAAUAAGAAGAAAAUUAUGGAGAGGCGCCCAGGACCCCCAGUGGAUGAUGAGAUGGACAGUGCUAUUGAUUAUGGCAAGCUCUUGCGUCGAACCCCGAGUGGCCAAAGAAGACAUGGGAGCAGGAAAAGUGCUACAGCAUAUGAUGGAGGCGGUGAUGAGGAGGAAAUGAUCAUGGAUAAGCUUCUGAUACACUACAGCAGGAAAGGUACGGCCAGUGAAGCCAGCAAGAUACGAAUAAGGAGCAAGGCUCUCCCUGUGGAUCAUGUCGAGCAUGAGAUUAAGGAUAAAAUCCGUCCUGGCCUGAGAGAGUCUGUGCAUGUUCCUGACAGAAGUAGCUCACUUCCCCCUGAACUGACGAAGCCAGAAGCAGGUGUCAAAAUGCAUUCUCGUGCUGCUUCUAUGCAGCCUGAUAUGUUGAGCCCUAAUGGUGCGCAUGUGCAUCCGAGGCUGCCGAACUACAAUGAGUUGGCUGCUCAGUUCAAUGCCUUGAGGAGAUCUUGAGAGCAUCUGCAAUACUUGAUCUGCGGAGAUUUUUUUUUUUUCUCUCACUGCAUCUUUAGAUGGUAUGGUUUCUCCAUUGUAACACAGCAUGUUGUUCGCUCUACAGGUGCUUCCUGCCCUCUCUAGUUGUUUCUCUCCAAUCCCUCCCUACUCAGAGCAGGUCCAAAACCAAAACUGUUGAUGUAAUGUCAGAUUACACUGCUGCAUUGGUGUUCCUUCUAAAUUUCCUACACAAUUCAGAUGUUCAUCUUUGUGCGUAUGCUGCCA